AUGAAGCGCGUCGCUUCGUCCGACCAGGAGCUCACCGUCGAGGAGCGCAACUUGCUUUCCGUCGCCUACAAGAACGUCAUUGGUGCUCGCCGUGCCUCGUGGCGUAUCGUCUCCUCCAUCGAGCAGAAGGAGGAGUCCAAGGGCAACGAGACCCAGGUCUCGAUGAUCAAGACCUACCGCGAGAAGAUCGAGGCCGAGCUUGCCCAGAUUUGCGAGGACAUCCUCGAUGUUUUGGACAAGCACCUCAUCCCCUCGGCCGCUUCGGGUGAGAGCAAGGUCUUCUACCACAAGAUGAAGGGCGACUACCACCGAUACCUCGCCGAGUUCGCCACCGGCGACAAGCGCAAGGACUCUGCCGACAAGUCGCUCGAGGCUUACAAGGCCGCUUCGGACGUUGCCGUCACCGAGCUGCCCCCUACCCACCCCAUCCGCCUCGGUCUCGCCCUCAACUUCUCGGUGUUCUACUACGAGAUCUUGAACAGCCCCGACCGCGCUUGCCACCUCGCCAAGCAGGCCUUCGACGACGCCAUCGCCGAGCUCGACACGCUCUCCGAGGAGAGCUACAAGGACUCGACUCUCAUCAUGCAGCUGCUCCGUGACAACCUUACCCUCUGGACCUCGGACAUGCAGGAUUCCGAGAAGCCCAGCGAGACCGCCGCUGCCGAGGCUCCCGCCGCCGAGGCCAAGGGUGAGGAGGCCGCCUAA